UUGGGGGCCUUGCUUCCAUUUUCCAUUAUUAUGUGGACUACCGGAGCGACAGCGCAGUCCAAGACCUCGCAGGUUUGUGAUGAGGAGGGAGCACGCAUCCUCUCUCCGCUUCUUUUACCAAUUUAGACGUAGACUUAGAUCAGAUUCAGAACCAAAUCCAGGAGCAGCUAACGGGAAUUACGAAAGGGAGAGCUUAAAUUAGUUUAGUCGCUAGCUAUGUAGGGGAAAGUAGAUUUUCUUCCUUUCUUUUUUUGUUUUGUUGCAUUUUUUUCCUUUCGCAGCGGGCGAUUGCCGAUGCCUUUUCUUCCGCGGUUGCAGUUAAGAUCAAACGCUAAAUGCUACAAUUCUGUUUUUGUUUUUUAAAGCGCACGUUUGUUUGCACGCGUAUGUUUAUUGAAAGGAAAAUGGAAGUAUGCGACGGAAUUUUGACACUUUUCCAGCUACCGCAGUCGAAUUAAAUAGGUGUCGAUAGUUCGGAUUUUAAAACGUUAUUACCUCAAUCUGCCCAUCUCAGAAUUGCUAUCGGUAUCCAGAUAAUAUUUUUACAUAGCCUACAUUUUGUGUAAUGUCGAAAAAGCACUUGCUACUAAUAUAUAAGAAAAUAUCCGCGGAUUUCCUAUGACAUUAGCUUUUAGAGUAUACAAUUGAUUUCUGAGCAACUUCAGCUGUUUUCUGUAGGAUGUCUCGCCGCAAGCAAGCCAAACCAAGAUCCCUGAAAGUAGAAGACAAUGCGACAGAGGAGCAGCACCCCACGGCUGGACAGACUGCUACUCCAAGCGAUCCAGACGGUGAACUAGGGAAGCCAGUGGAGGAUGGCGAGGAGCCUGAUCUGAAGAGGAAGCCGGUCUCCCCGGGGGAAGAGGAGGAGGACGAGGAGGACGAGGAGGCGCUGCACAGCUGCGGCAGCUGCCGGCAGGUGUUCGAGUCACUGAGCGAUCUCACCGAACACAAGAUUAAUCAGUGCCAGCUGACAGACGGCGCUGAUCUUGAAGAUGAUCCUUCUUGCUCUUGGCCAGCAUCCUCGCCUUCCAGCAAAGACCAGACAUCGCCCAACCACGGAGACGAUUGCGACUACGGAGAGGAGGAAGGCGUCCCCGGCCUGCCGUACCCCUGCCAGUUCUGCGACAAGUCCUUCAGCCGCCUCAGCUACCUGAAGCACCACGAGCAGAGCCACGGCGACAAGUUGCCCUUCAAGUGCACCUUCUGCAGCCGCCUGUUCAAGCACAAGCGCAGCCGCGACCGCCACGUCAAGCUGCACACGGGCGACAAGAAGUACCACUGCGCCGAGUGCGACGCCGCCUUCUCGCGCAGCGACCACCUCAAGAUCCACAUGAAGACACACACCUCCAACAAGCCGUACAAAUGCGCCGUCUGCCGGCGCGGCUUCCUGUCGCCCAGCUCCCUGCACGGGCACAUGCAGGUCCACGAGCGCGGCAAGGACGGCGGCCAGGACCUGGGCCGCGGCGAGACGCAGAAGUGCAGCCAGUGCGAGGAGGGCUUCGACGUCCCCGAGGACCUCCAGAGGCACAUCGCCGAGUGCCACCCGGAGUGCUCGCCCCUGCCCGAGAGGGGUGCCCUGCAGUGCAUCUACUGCCAAGAGCCCUUCGCCGAGGAGAGCGCUCUCCUGAGCCACAUCGAACGCGAGCACAGCGGAGACAAGAAGGGCUACGCGUGCACCAUCUGCUCCGAGCACUUCCACGCCGUGGAGGACCUCUACAGCCACAUGGACGUCCACCAGCAGCCAGAAUCCAGUAACCAUAGCAACAGUCCCUCCUUGCUGACGGUGGGCUACACCUCCGUCUCCAGCACCACGCCGGACUCGAACCUCUCUGUCGACAGCUCCACCAUGGUGGAGGUGGCCCCGCCCGUGCCGAAAACCCGCAGGAGGAAGCGGGCGGCGCAGCACGCGGCCAACAUCGCCGGCUUGUCGUCCAAGCAGGCAAAAAUCACGUACAGCUGCAUAUAUUGCAACAAGCAAGUGUUUUCCAGCCUGGCCGUCCUGCAGAUACACCUGAAGACUAUGCAUCUGGACAAACCAGAGCAGGCUCAUACUUGUCAGUAUUGCUUAGAGGUGCUGCCCUCCUUGUGUAACCUGAACGAGCACCUGAAGCAGGUCCACGACGCCCAGGACCACAGCGCCUUGCUGGGCAGCCUAUCCGCGGCAGUCCUCCAGUGCAACUUCUGCCCCGAGGUGCUGGGAGACCUCAACGCCUUGCAGGAGCACAUCCGCUGCUCCCACGGCUUUCCCAGCCCCGUCGCCAAAGAGAGCAACGCCUUCUUCUGCCCCCAGUGCUUCAUGGGAUUCCUCACCGAGGCCACCCUGGAGGAGCACGUCCGGCAGACCCACUGUGAUGGCGGCAGCAUGCGGUUCGACUCCCCUCUAGCCGGGACCCCGAAGGACCCCAUCGUGGAGGUCUACUCUUGCUCGUACUGCACUAACUCGCCCAUCUUCAACAGCAUCCUGAAGCUGAACAAGCACAUCAAAGAGAACCACAAGAACAUCCCCCUUGCGCUCAAGUACAUCAACAACGGGAAGAAGUCCCACCGCACCCUCAGUCCUUCUUCGCCGAUGUCGGUGGAGCAAGCCUCGCUCAAGCAGACAGGCUCCUCGUCCCGCUCCGCCAGCGAAUACAUCUGCAACCAGUGCGGUGCCAAGUACUCCAGUCUCGACCUGUUCCAGACUCACCUGAAAACGCAUCUGGAUAGCGUCCUGCCACAGCUGACCUGUCCGCAGUGCAACAAAGAGUUCCCCAACCAGGAGUCCCUGCUGAAGCACGUCACCAUCCAUUUCAUGAUCACUUCAACGUACUAUAUCUGCGAGAGCUGCGACAAGCAAUUCACCUCGGUGGACGACCUGCAGAAGCACCUGCUCGACAUGCACACCUUCGUCUUCUUCCGCUGCACCCUCUGCCAGGAGGUCUUCGACUCCAAGGUGUCCAUCCAGCUGCACCUGGCGGUGAAGCACAGCAACGAGAAGAAGGUCUACCGCUGCACCUCCUGCAACUGGGACUUCCGGCACGAGACCGACCUGCAGCUGCACGUCAAACACAACCACCUGGAGAACCAGGGCAAGGUCCACAAGUGCAUCUUCUGCCGGGAGUCCUUCGGCACCGAGGUGGAGCUGCAGUGCCACAUUACCACCCACAGCAAGAAGUACAACUGCCGCUUCUGCAGCAAGGCCUUCCAUGCCAUCGUGCUGCUGGAGAAGCACCUGCGGGAGAAGCACUGCGUCUUCGAGGCCAAGCCGCAGAACUGCGGCGCCAACGGCUCCACCUCCGGCGGGGCGGACCCUGUCCCCAAGGAUGACGCUGAGCUCCAGAGCAUACUGGCCAACAGCCACGAGUCACACAACAGCCACGACGGCAGUGAGGAGGACGCCGACACCUCUGAGCCCAUGUACGGCUGCGACAUCUGUGGCGCCGCCUACACCAUGGACUCCCUGCUGACCAACCACCAGCUCCGCGACCACAACAUCCGGCCCGGCGAGAGCGCCAUGGUGAAGAGGAAGGCCGACCUGAUCAAGGGCAACCACAAGUGCACCGUCUGCUCCCGGACGUUCUUCUCGGAGGCCGGCCUGAGGGAGCACAUGCAGACCCACCUGGGCCCCGUCAAGCACUACAUGUGCCCCAUCUGCGGGGAGCGCUUCCCUUCCCUGCUCACCCUCACCGAGCACAAGGUCACCCACAGCAAGAGCCUGGACACGGGCAACUGCCGCAUCUGCAAGCUGCCGCUGCAGAGCGAGGAGGACUUCCUGGAGCACUGCCAGAUGCACCCGGACCUGCGCAACUCCCUGACCGGCUUCCGCUGCGUGGUCUGCAUGCAGACGGUCACGUCCACCCUGGAGCUGAAGAUCCACGGCACCUUCCACAUGCAGAAGACGGGCAACAUGCCCGCCGGGCAGCCGGUCGGCCGCGCCCACCACUCCCAGAAGCUCUACAAGUGCGCCUCGUGCCUGAAGGAGUUCCGCUCCAAGCAGGACCUGGUCAAGCUCGACAUCAACGGCCUCCCCUACGGCCUGUGCAGCUCCUGCGCCGGUGCCAGCAGCAAGAGCUCCAGCCCCACCGUGAAUGGCGGCAAACAGCAGGGGGCGCCGUCGGGCGGGGCCCAGGGCGGGAAGCUCAGCCCGGCCUCAGGGAAGGGCAGGGUCGCCUCCGCCAAGACGCGCUGCCCCAGCUGCAACGUGAAGUUCGAGUCGGAGGCGGAGCUUCAGAACCACGUCCUGACCAUGCACGGGGAUCCGUCGGGAGAGAGCAACAGCGCUCAGCACAGAACGCCGCAGGUGUCCCCCAUGCCCAGGGUGAGCCCCUCGCAGACCGAAGAGAAGAAGACCUACCAGUGCAUAAAGUGUCAGAUGGUUUUCUACAGCGAGUGGGAUAUACAGGUUCACGUUGCGAAUCACAUGCUGGGUAAGAAUUCAAUGCAUGUCUUCCUUGAUUUUGGCUAA